AUGGUAUCCCAAGGGGUUCAGAUCCUGGGCAUUGUCUCAGCUCUGAUUGGCUGGUUAGGGACUAUAAUUUCUUGCGGCUUGCCCCAAUGGCGGGUUUCAGCCUUCAUCGGUGCCAACAUAGUUACAGCACAGACCGUCUGGGAGGGUCUUUGGAUGUCUUGUGUGGUACAGAGCACCGGGCAGAUGCAGUGUAAGGUCUAUGACUCCAUGCUAGCCUUGAGCUCUGAUCUGCAGGGAGCUCGGGCCAUGAUCAUCGUCUCCAUUGUGACCGGUAUCUUUGGAAUCGUGCUGUCCAUUGCCGGAGGAAAGUGCACUAAUUGUAUCGACGACGAGCGCUCCAAGGCAAAGGCGUGCAUCGCUGCUGGCGUCAUCUUCCUAAUUUCAGGAAUGCUUAUCCUGAUCCCUGUCUCAUGGACAGCCAACACCAUCAUCUCAAACUUCUACAACCCCAUGUUAGUCGAGGCUCAGAAGUGGGAGUUGGGGGCUUCGCUCUAUAUCGGCUGGGGAUCUACAGGACUGCUCCUGCUGGGUGGAGGCCUGCUCUGCUGGAACUGCCCCCCAAAAGAGAGCGAUCGCAACUAUAUCACUAAGUUCUCACCACCAAGAUCAAGCUCCAUGUCCAGGGAAUAUGUCUGA